UAAGUAGAGGAACCCUAAUUACAAAACCAACUCUCAAUUUCGAUUCUGAAAUAAAGUAAUCAAUUUUAUUCAGCUAUUAAGUCAGCCGUUUUUUUAAUUGUGAAAAAGAUGUUUAACAAAGUCAAGCCAUCGUCAUCAUCUUCGCACUACCCAUCGCAUUCUCCCAUGUCAGCCUCCGCCAUCCAAGGUCAACUUCUCGAGGUCACAGUUGUUGGCUGUAACAAAUUGAAAGACACUGAAUGGAUUUCACGGCAAGAUCCCUACGUUUUUCUCGAGUAUGGAAGCACUAAAUUUCGCACCCGAACUUGCACAGAUGGAGGGAAAAACCCUACUUUUCAGGAGAAAUUUGUGUUUACUUUGAUAGAAGGGAUGCGGGAGAUGAGCGUGCUAGUCUGGAACAGCAAUACUGUCACUUUCGAUGAUUAUAUCGGCAGCGGAAAGGUUCCAUUGCAGAAAGCUUUAUCCGAGGGCUAUGACGAUACCCCAUGGCCUAUCCAGGACAAAAGAGGGAGGCAUGCUGGAGAAGUUCGAUUGAUAAUCCACUAUGCUAAUGCCAAAAAGCCAGCUAAAGCACAUGCUCCAUCAGCUCCAUCAUAUGCAAGUGCACCUCCGUAUUUAGCACCUCCACCUGCAGCUUCUUAUCCCCCGGCAAGCUAUCCUCCAGCACCUCAGUAUCCUUCCUACCCUCCAAAUUCUGCUGCAUAUCCACCUACACAACAACACCAACCAGCUGCUGCUGCUUAUCCACCAACUUAUCCGCCACAGUCGGUCUAUCCCCCUCCCCCUACUCAGCAGGGCCCAUAUUACUACCCUCCAGCUGCAUAUCCACCAGGUACUACAUAUCCUCCAGCUCCGUAUCCUCCACCGUAUUGAGGUGUAUUGCCUCGACAAAGGUAACGAAGAAAACUAAUCAGCCAGCAGCCCUCUGGUGGUCUAACAUCCGAAAGUGUAUAUACUUGGUAGCUACAGGAUAUAUCCUGCCUUCGUCGUAUAUCCAAGCCUUCGUGUUUCUUAGAUAUUUCCCCGUUGCUUUGUCGCCUACAUAUGUUAUAUGGCAUCUACAUCCUGUACAUUAUCCCUCAAGUUUUUAUUGGAAAUUAUGACUUCAUGAA